CUCAACCGCUCAUAUGAGAGAUCCGGUGGCGAGGAUUACGUCGGACCCCAAAACACACCCCGAAGUGAACCGCAUUUUUCAACACAGAACUGAUAUGAGAUGUCGACAGACAAUCAAAAUGUGUAAAACAAUGACUGAAUUCAGGGAUUUGUGCGAAAACGACCAAAUAAUCCUAUUGAAGACCUCUUGCUUCGAGAUGUUGUGCUUCGUGUCUGUCCUUACGUUUGACUUUACUGACCAAUUCUGGACCGUUUAUAUUGAUUCAGAGAAUGCGGCCAUGCUCAGAUUGGAGGCGCUAAUAAAGUGGGGCAAAAUGAAUCUCUAUGAUAUACUUAUUAAUUAUAUGUUUAAACUUAAUCAAGAGUAUAAUCAGGACACAAACCUUAUUGAUUUGUUAAUGGCAAUAAUAGUAUUCAAUCCCAAUCGACCAAAUUUAAAGCAAACUGAUCAAGUUAUGCUUCAAAGGGAAACAUAUAUUUAUUUACUUCACCGCUAUUUAGAGUUAAAACACAACUCAAAAACAGAGGCAGAGAUACGGUUCACACGAUUAAUGAAUUGUCUGCAAGACUUGUAUACUUUGAGAAAUGUCAUGAAAUCUAAUUAUAUCUCAAGUGAUCCUAAGAAUGGACACGAAUUGGUGAUCGAAAUCAUAUCAUAAUUAAUGUAAUAAUAAUAACAUCAAUUGUCAUAUAAAGUUUGCUAACUUUAAAGAGAUAUUAUUCAUAUCAUAUGAAUAGAGAAAAUACAAAACUCUCAAAUGCAGGACCAGAGAUGUGAUUCGUGUGGACAAUGAACUAACCUCAUAAUAUGUAUUUAUUGUAUACAAUAAUGUUAAAUAAUUACAUUUCAACCGAGUCUAAGAAUAAGCACAAAUUGGUCACAGGAAAAGUUUAACAAUAAUAAAAAUUCCGGUAAUAAUAAUUGGGAAAUAUUCAAACAAAUAAUACAAUUGAAGGCAUAGAUUAGGUUUAUUUUUAGCUCAAUUUCCUACGAUUUUCAUUUGAAGGUUAGGAUUACCUAAACAUUAAAUAAUAUACUAUUUAUAUAAAAACACUCAAGUAUUGCAACAACAAA